AUGGGCACGACCAAGCGGAAGCUGCCCGCAGCCGCCAAGGGCGUCGCGAGAGAGAAACGGAAGCGAGCUCGCUGGCCUCUGAAAGGUCAUUUGGACCCUGGGAGCCUCGUGGCAAAGCCGCUCAUCCCCAGACCCCAGUCCAAGCAUCACAGCUACUUUGAGUUCGUCGAGAACAAGGACAAGAAAAAGAAGCUCCAUUUUCAGAACACUCACGACAGACGUCCCCCGCUGGAAUGCGAGUUCCUUCCAAUCGGCAACCCGGAAUUGACCACUGCCUGUAAAGAAUUGUCCCGCCAGAGGGGCAUUCAAAUUUACAUUGUCUCGGACUCCCACUUCAACGGCAUCACACACAGUUACGCCAACCAGAUGAACAGAGUAGGCUACCAUUUCCACAAAGCUAUCGUGCAGGAAGCCAGAGCCGCUAUUGGUGGACUCUCUCAGCAAGUAGCAAGCGUCCCGGAUGGAGAAUCCGAGCCCAUUCCCGAGUCCCAGGCGCUCUAUCACUCGCAAGUUGAUGCCGCGCUGCGGGAUCUAUUCCCCCGCAUCCCCCACAAUGACCGCCAGACGAUUAUUCAACACGCCUUCACAAGGGACACACGGUCCAAGGGCGAAGAGCGUGAGCGCGUCGGCCUCCAACCCGAUGUACCUCUUGCCCGCAGGGUUCAGCUAGCAGUCCUGGCCCAUAUCAGGCAUAAUCAUACUAGGUAUGAUGAAUUGCUCAAGGAGAGCGGGUGGCAUGUGGCCCGGAAAGCCGUCGAGGCGCUGUGUCUCGAUGUCCUCGUCAAGUGGCGAGGAGAUGAGGAGACCGGACGGGAUCAGCUCGACGAGAUUCUGCGUGAAAUCGUCGUCAUUUCCGACUCGGAGGACGACGAACUCGAGCAAGACUCGACCGAUGACGACUCCGUCGUGGAACUGGACCCGCCAAACGAUGCGACUAUGCCUCACCGAUCCUCGCGCCAACCCUCGCGGCCCGCAGAUCCGAACCUUCUGCCUCGUAGGGCGGGACCUCAGACUCCUGCACCGUUGGUGCCACCCGGGCCAAGUGUCGCCGCCGACGCCACUAACCAGGGAUACAGCACGGAUCGAAGAGCACGACGUGGCUUCCAGAGAUACCGUCGCGCCUGGGAUGAGGCCAUUCGUCGUAGGGAUGAUGUUGACCAUAUCAUUCCACCCCGCGACGACGGAGGAGCCCGGGAACAGCGUGUCGAGAAUGGAUUUUCCAACUCCCACGGCUCACAGCCACACUUGACUUCUCCAGCCCGCAACGGAUACCUUGCCCAGGGCCUGCCAACGUACCCGCGGCGGCCAGGCAAUGCCCCUGCUGCCCCACCGUUCAGGGAGGCCGGACUGCGCUGGCAGAGACCGUCGAAUGGCCUUCAAUUCCGGGACAUGUUGGCAUACCUUUCGGGACUGAUGAUCGGCUGGAGAACCUUUCGAUCCACCCGGGUAUGCAUCAUCGCCAAAGUCGAGCCCCGUCUCCAGCGCAUCGGCCUCAGCGUGGCGAGUACAGUCCCUCUGGACGGCGAGUGA